GUAGGGUUUGGGGCCUUAGUCAUCUCGCAGCGGACUCGGGCUCCCUCGGCGUCCCCGACCUCUCCCCUAAACUUCGGACAUUCUUCCCUACGGUGUACCUAACCCCCUCCAACAAUCCCCAGACCCACCACAGUCCUCCCCACGUUCCGCGGAGGCCACCGGCCGAGAGCCGAGGGCGCCUUUUGCACCGGUGCGGUGCGGUGCGGCGAGCGCGGGGUGCAGAGGUAACCCCGCAGCGUGGGGUUCCCCGAAACGCCGGGCCGACUGCCUGGGAGUGGCCCGUAGCCCGGGGCCGAGAGCUGGGGAGUCUCCGCAGCAAUCCCGGGCCCCCUCCGGAGGAGCGCCGUCCGCGGUGGGGCUGGUUUCCGAGGUGCUGAGCCCGGUUCGCGAUGUUAGCUUUUGAAGCUGAGGUUUCCAUGGGCUGGGGGGGCCAUGGGGGAACCUCCUUCCGGCACGAUUGCGAGAUAGCAGAGUUGUGCCAGUAGCUGAAGAGCGGCUCGGGGUGGAGAACGGUUUUAGUUAAAGGUACAGAGCUAAGUUCGGAUUCUAGAGAUUCAGCAAGCCUAGGAUGGGAUCCGUUUGCAUCUGCACUUGAGCCAUUAGUAGAUACCAUUAUGUCUUCGCUGUUCACACAUGAAAUCAGUGAAAACUUUUAGACUUUUGGGUUGGCGGUAAAUGAAUCCAGAAUGUUUACUUUCUACUUGUAUUUUCUGGUUACAGAUAAAGAUGUCUUUCUCCUUUUAACCGUCGCAGCAGAUUAUUAGACACUGUUGACCAGAAAUUUAAAAAAAAAAAAAAAAAAGCCUUCGGAGGCCAUAUCGUCUUGACAAUCAUCUUCUUAGAACCCAUUUCUGUGUGUUGAGAUGGAAAAAGUACCAUUUUCAAAUCCAGAGCUAAGAAAAUACUGAGGCUGUUGGAAAGGAACCUGAAGGGAAUUUUACAUCUUGAAUAUGCAAAUUUCCACCCUUGCAUCAGUUUAAAAAAAUACCUAAAUUCUGGUAUUUAAUUGAUGCCUUUUUAAAAUACUUAAUUGUUUACUUCUUUUGCCUAGGUCUCUGUGUUGAUUAGUUGAAACAAAAAAAAUAUGGCCUUCUCCAGUUAUAAUUCAUUCUUAGCUAAUUUCUGGACAAGAUUGCCUAGCCAUUCUGUGUACCCUCCCUGCUCUCAUUUGCCACCACUUGCAUCUUUCCACUUGCCAGAUUCUCACUUAUGUACAACCUACAUGAAAACCUGUGGAAGCAGGAAGUACUCCUAUCCCAGUGUAACAGGCAAUAAUAAAGUCUAUCCGUUACGAACUAGACUCACACAAAAACUGCACACGACAUGCUGGCUACAAAAUGCCCCUGGUAAACCUCCGCUGGAGCAAACAGGAAAGCCAAAGGUGAUAAGCCCUCAGCCUACCAAAGAAGCCGAGGCAGAGAUUACAGAAGAAAAGCGGUCUUUGAGACAAAAAAUCAUGGAUGAACUUAAGUACUAUUACAAUGGAUUCCGUUUACUUUGGAACGACACCAAAGUCGCUGCCAGAAUAGUUUGGAGGCUGCUGCAUGGACAGGCGCUAAGCAGACGAGAGAGGCGACGGCUGUUGAGAACGUGUGCUGAUGUCUUCCGCUUGGUCCCGUUUAUGGUGUUCAUAAUUGUACCUUUUAUGGAAUUCUUGAUACCAGUGUUUCUGAAGCUCUUCCCAGACAUGUUGCCAUCAACUUUUGAAACUGAAUCAAAAAAGGAAGAAAAACAGAAAAAGAUGAUGGCUGCCAAAUUGGAAAUAGCAAAAUUCCUUCAAGAAACAAUGACAGAGAUGGCGAGGAGAAACCGAGCCAAGCUGGGAGAUGUUUCCUCACAGCUUUCCUCCUAUGUGAAACAGAUAAUUGCCAAAGAAGGGGUGAAGGCUUUGAGUGUGUCAGAACUACAGUCUGCGUGCCGGGCCCGGGGGAUGAGGUCGCUGGGCCUCACUGAGGAGCAGCUGUGCCAGCAGCUCAAAGAGUGGCUGGAUCUCCACUUGAAGGAGAAUGUCCCUCCUUCUCUUUUGCUCCUGUCUCGCACCUUCUACCUGAUAGAUGUGAAGCCAAAGCCUAUUGAACUCCCACCAAAUAUAGAGACUCCAAAGACAAACUGUGGGAUACCAUCAUCUCUGCCCCCUGAGUCAAAGGAGAACAUUACAGACCCUGCGCCUCAGCUAAAGGGAACGAAGGAUGAAGAAUUUAUACAACUGCCCCCAGUACCAUCAUCACUCAUAUCUCCAGCAGCAACUAUUUCCAAAGAAGCAAUCCUCCAGGCCAAGUCCCAGGAGACCUCACAGAAGAGCAAGGCUAACUCAAAAGGAGCCUAAGGAUCCCUUGAAGAUGGAGCUCCCUCUCUCCAGGCACUGCCCCUCAGCAGUGGCAUCCGUCCACGAAGGAAUUCUAGCUAAGACUGUCUGGCUUGAGAUAAAGGACCAGCCAUUAAGUCGUCGGAGGCCUCGUGACCAUUCCAGAGAUGCGAGCAGUGACACCAAGUUCAGGCCAUUUAGAGAAGCUUAAUUACAGUCUAUCUCUACUGUAGGAUUUUGUCAUCUUAGCAACGUUGCAUAAAGCCACUCCCACCAUGUUGUUUGAA